CGUAGGCGCUGGGUGGAAUUGUCGCACUUUCGGCGUAAGGGAACGGGGAGGUGCAAGGCUGGUGGCGUUGGAGCUUGUUUUAAAGCGUUUCCAUCAUUAAUGCAGAACGUUAGAGAGGCUGCAUUUAUUUUGCGGUUGCAUUGAUCCAGUUUAACGGCUGUUUGUUUUGUUUUGUGUGUGUGUGUAUAUAGGAGGGAGGUGACGGCCGGCCCCGGCUCCGGGCGCUGAUUCCUGCCCGCAUUCCGGGCUCUGCACCCCGGCGAAGGGAACCAUGCAACGGCCGGGCUCCGUGCAACAAAAAAUCCCCACCGCUUUCAGCACUGCAGUGAGGGAUGAGCCAGCAACCAAGCGCCAUAACCAGUCUUACAGAGUUUUGGCGACCGGAGAACUAAGUCUGAAGGCACUGGAGGCAGGUAUACACCAUGCGAUUGUUACUGAGAAAGUGGAUGGCUCCUGCUGUUAUGUCACAAAGUACAAAGAUUCACCAUAUCUCUGGGCUCGACUGGACAGAAAACCCACCAAACAAGCUGAGAAACGAUUCAGGAGAUUCCAGUCCUCCAAAACCAGCACCGAGUUCACUUGGAAUCUCGACGAUGACUUUCGGACAGUCACUGAAUCCUGGAUCCCAGCACAUGGAGUGCCACAAGUAAAUGGCCGUCUGCUACCGGAUGAAAAUGGCCACAUUCCUGGUUGGGUUCCAGUAGAGAGAGGGAGCAAACCCUACUGCUGGCACCUUUCUACUGUGAAUUAUGAUGCUGGAUUAGCACUGGUUCUGAGACCCUGCUUGGAGAAGAACCUUCUAGAAAUUACUGUUGUUCCAUUAAUGGAGCUUCUUGAGCAAACAUUGGAGCUGGUGGGAACGCACAUUAACGGCAAUCCGUAUGGGCUGGGAAAUAAGAAGCAACCUGUCCAUUUCCUGAUUUCUCACGGUUCCCUGCAGAUUGAGAAACCCCUGAUGCUCCACCUCACUGAUCUGAUCACAUGGUUUGAAGGAAGCCCCGAGGGUAAAGUCGAAGGCAUUGUGUGGCACUGCAAAAAUGGGGUGUUAUUUAAACUUCAUCGUCAUCACCUGGGUUUACAGUGGCCAGUGCAAGACCCAUAUUUGACUGCCCGACCUUUAUUCGUUAAUGUUGAUCUAACAAGGUAUGAGUGUGAUCCUGAAACUAAGUCAUCGUUCCUGGUCUUCGCAAGGCUCAAUGGGAAGCACUUUGACCAUUUUCAAGACAUUCUGUGGGAGACAGAUGCUGCAAGCUAAUACUGUGUUGGUCAAGGGAUACCGGUUCAGCAGUUUGGAUGUUUACAAUGACUUGUGAGUCAGUAGGAUUGUAGGACUGCUAAUGGUUUGUUGCAGUUUGCCUGCUAUGCCUACAAACCUUGCUCUCAGUUCUGACCAUGGGGUAUGACUGAGAGAAUGUUAAAACAUUGUUUUUACAUGAACCUUUUAAUCCUGUUCAGAAAUGGUCAUAUAGAUGUUUUCUGUUGAGACAUCGUGACACAGCUCUGAAGCAGGUGGGAUCAAACUCAAUCCUGUCCACUUCGAGAUAGGGACACUACCACUGUACCAACAAGACCCCCUUUGGAAUGAACGUCUGAUGUCAUCAAGAAAAUCUCAAAGCAAACACAAGCUGUUUACGUGGCUCACUUGGGUAAACUGGGGCAGGUGGGUGUACAGUGUCCAUUUUUGGUUUAAUAUUAUAGAUCCAAACACUACAAUGAACCAGACGUAUUACCUCAAACUAUACUAUCCAACACAAUCCACAUAUGAAAGUAUUGACUGCAUUUAGGAGGAAACUACAGAGCGACCUCAAUUAUGCUUGGCUAAACUGUUAUCCAACAUGCAAUUAUCUAAACACCAUACUCCCUGCCUGUGUUGUUUGGAUAUAUGAGGCUCCUCUGUAUUAGAUUACUUUUGAUGCCAUGUGUUAACUGCUGUUUGUAUGUUUAAAUUGUCUGUAAUUUGACUUUAUUGUUGAAAAGAUGCAUGCUCUUGGUUUGUUCAGUUGCUGCAGUAUUAUUUACCAUGUAUUGGUUAUUCCUAAUUCACCACAUUUUUGUACAAAAUGUU